AUGACUAAACUUCCAGUAGUUUUGUCAGUUGUAGUUACGCUAGUAUCACCGUCUACAUUGCUUUCAACGCCAGUUGAAGUUUAUCUUUACGGAUAUGAGUUGUCUUUGGCUCCGUUAACGUUUCCUAUUGGCAUGUUUUUGGCAUCAUGGAUUUUCAUACCCGUUUACUUUCGAUGUGGUGUUUCAACAAUUUACGAGUUUCUUGAAAUAAGGUAUGGGAAGAUGAUAAGGUACAUAAUAUCAACUCUGUUCUUGGUACAGAUGAUAUUUUACAUGGUGAUAUCACUCUACGGGGCAGUUCUAGCUCUUAGCGCUGUCACGGAUUUGUCACUUGAAAUUUCUCUCGUAUCUUUGGGAGCCAUUUGUACUUUUUAUUCAUCACUUGGUGGCUUAAGAGCUGUUUUAUGGACAGAUGUAUUUCAAGCUGCUCUUAUAACCAUAUGUGUAAUUUCUUUGUAUGUCGUAGGUUUUAAAGAUGGAGGUGGUUUUGUAAAUGUUUACAACAACGCAAAAGGGGGUGGCAGACUUGAAUUUUUUGAUUUCAGAUUAGAUUUCACUAAGCGACACGAUAUCUGGGCUUGUAUGAUUCGCGGAAUACUUUAUGCAAUUGCAUUUUAUGGAACUAAUCAAGUUGAAGUUCAAAGAGUUUUAAGCUUAAGUACCGCUGAAAGAGCAAGAUCAACUUUGCAUCUGACUAUUUUGCCGGCAUCGGCAAUAUUUUUCCUCACCCACAUUUAUGGUAUUGUACUUUAUUCUGUAUACUAUCACUGUGAUCCGAUUCUAAAUGUCAAUCAAACAGGAUUAAGUAGGUAUGAUCAGAUAGUUCCUGCAUACAUUGUCAAUAGAUUUAACUCCAUUCCUGGAUUGACAGGUGUUUGUAUUGCCGGUAUCUUCAGUGCAUCCUUAAGUACGAUGUCAUCCUGCCUCAAUUCUGCCUCAACUGUGACUGUAAUCGAUUUCAUUAAACCAUUCUACAAGAAAGGGACACUUUCGGAUUUAAAAACAGUCUUUCUAGUAAAGCUAUUCUCUGUGAUAUAUGGUGGUGUAUGUAUUGGCCUCAGCUUCUGUUUCUUAGAAGUGAAAAGUCUAGUACAAUUAUUAAACAUCAUGUUAACGUCAUUGGAAGGUCCAAUGCUUGCCGUCUUUUUAACCGGUGUUUUGACGAGGAAAGCGUCUGAUAAGAGUCAUAAAUUAAUAGAAGAAGGUUAUAAAAACUCUGCAGAAUAA